AUGAGAUCCAACUUUGGCAUUAGCAGUAGUGAAUUACUCUGGUUUGAAUCAUACCUAACGAAUAGGGAACAACAAUGCGUAGCUAAUGGGAUACUAUCCUCCGUUGGAAAAUUAAAAUGUGGGGUCCCCCAGGGGUCGAUCCUGGGGUCGUUGUUAUUUUUGCUCUACAUCAAUGACCUACCACAAUGUCGCCAAAAAACCACGCCGGGUCUUUAUGCUGAUGACACGGAAAUUUACGCGUCAUCACACAAUGUAAAUGAUCCCACUGACAACAUAAAUUAUGGCCUAAAUAUUGUUACGCAAUGGAUGGAGAAUAAUAAGCUACAAAUUCAUCCUAAGAAAUCUAAAUGUAUGUUUAUUGCAUCCCCUUAUAAAAUUAAGAAUAUACCUCAAGGAAUACCGAUAUUAAUUAAUAAUGUUCCUGUCCCAAGAUUAAAUUGCUACAAAUGCCUCGGUGUCACUUUGGACGAAAAAUUGAAUUGGGAACAUCAUAUUGAUACGAUUAUUAAGAAAGUUAAUGCAGGCAUUGCAGUAAUUAAACGUAUGAAAACCUGUGUUCCUCAGGAAUUCUUACAAACAGUUUACAACGCCUUAAUACAACCCUAUUUUGACUACUGCUGUCAAUUGUGGGAUACCUGUGGAAUCGUCCUAAAGGAAAAACUACAAAAAUGUCAAUCCCGAGCUGCUAGAGUAAUAACAGAAGCAUCUUAUGAUAUUAGGUCGGCCGAUGUUCUUGCAACUUUGGGGUGGCAAACUCUCGACAAUAGGCGAAAAUACUUGAAAUCCAUUUUUAUUUACAAAAUCUUAAAUAAUGAAACUGCUCCAAACCUGAAAGAAAAUUUUUUGAAAAUAAGUGAUUGUCCAAUUACAUACCAAUUAAGAAAUUCUCAAACAGAUCUGGUACUUCCAUUCCCAAAAUCACAAUUUAAGAAAAAGACCUUCAGUUAUAGUGGAGCAACUCUUUGGAAUAACUUAUCAAUUACUGCUAAACAAUCCAAUUCUUUCAGUUGUUUCAAAAGACUAAUGAAUCUACAUUUUCGAAAACCAUAAGUAUGUAAAUAGUUUUGUAUGUUUGUUAUUUAUUUAUGUGUGUUAAUUGUCAAACUAAUAAUCAUGUAAAUAGUUUCUUUUAUGUAUAUGUAUUAGUCUUAUUCUUACACGUCCCCUAUGGAAACCAUCAAAAGAUGUUAGGGCUAACGUGUUUAAAUAAAUUUUUAUGUAUGUAUGUAUGUAUGGGUUGAAAUUUCAGCUCGGUUAACUGGGCAAAAACUCAGCCUGCGCUGAAAACUCCCUAUGUAUUAAAUCGACUCCUUAAUUUUCAAUGAGUAUAUAUACUUUGGAUUCUGCACCUUAUUUCUAGGUAAUCUACUGUCUUCAUUUUGAUCCACAACCUGUUGGAUCAGAUUCCGUGGAAGUAAAGCUUUCAUUCUUAAGUGUGAAACAGGUAAUUUGUUUGUACAUUGUCAAAUGAUACAUUUGUCCAUGGGUAUAAUUUUCAAUUUUCUCUAAUGAAACAAACGUUAUUUGUUAAGUUGAAAUAACAAAUUUUUGUUCCAGGUAAAAUAUGGAAAUGCAGGCGGAAUAACCGACGCUAUUGAAGAAAGUUUUAACGACGUUGAAGAGUCUAUUUCAUCUUCAUUAACCUCGGUUGGUAUUUUACCAUAUCACAAAAAGUUGGUUGGUUUCACAUCGGAUGGGGCUAGCGUUAACCGUGGAUGUAACAACAGCAUCAUGACCCGACUUCAAGAGAAAUCCCCAUGGAUGGUGUUCAUAUGGUGCGUCGCUCAUCGUCUCGAGUUGGCACUCAGUGACGCAUUAAAGACCACGGAGUUUCAGGAUGUUGAUGAUAUGCUGUUGAAGAUGUAUCUCCUUUAUAAGAAAGCGCCAAAGAAAGUGCGUCAACUUAAGGAACUACACGAUCUUUACAAAGAAACCAUGGAGUUUGACGAAGGAGGAAUAAAGCCGAAGAAAUCAUCGGGGUCGAGAUGGAUUUCUCACAAGUUGGCUGCAAUGAAGAUGUGUUUAGACAAAUGGGGUCUUUACAUUCAGCAUCUGGAAACCAUGACAGAAGAUGAAACCAUUACAAGCAAAGACAAAGCCAAGCUGAAAGGUUACCUUAAACGUUGGAAGAGCUCCAGAAUACCACUAUUACUUGCCUUGUUUAUUGAUAUAUUAACUAUACCGUCGAUUCUAUCAUUGACAUUUCAGAAGGAGAAAAUAGAUCCAGUGCAGACCGCGAAAGCAUUGAACAAAGCGAGGGAACGUUUGGCACAAUUUGAGAAAAAGGCGUUCAAAAAGCUACCGAAUGUUAGAAACUUUCUCUCAAAAAUUAAGGAAGUGGAUGCUCAGUUUUUCUAUCAAAACGUCGAACUCUCAUCAUUCGAGAGACAUAAGGUUUCUGUUGAAAGCAAAAAGAACGAGUACUCGGAGAAGAUUCGACAAUGCUUGACUAAUCGACUUGAACAAGAGGAUGAAGGCCAAGAGAUACUCGACGCCGUUGUACAAAUUCUUGAUUGCGAGGGAUGGAAAGACGACAACGAAUUUGCCGAAGACGCCAUUUUUGCAGUGUAUGACAAGUUCGAAGUUCCACUUAAGUCUGGCGGUAUGUCAGUGACUGUUCCCGACCUACUUAACCAAUGGCAUGAGAUCGUCGACUUUGCUGUUGAAACGAUCGGGGUGACCGGCCAAUCAUAUCUUAUCACAUGGCGUAAGAUAUUUUCUGCACCAAGGAGUAAAGGAUGGAAAGAUGCGCUUAUCUUAGUCGAACUGUUGUUUACUAUCCCUGUAUCUAACGCCAAGCUCGAGAGAAUGUUCUCCAAAUUAAAGCGCGUGAAAACAAAUUUCCGUUGUUCCCUUUCCCUUCAGAGGUUGGAAAACAUUCUACGCAUCAUGGAAGAAGGCCCGACAUGGGAGGAGUAUGACCCACUGCCCGCCAUUGAAUUAUGGAAUUCGGCGAAACAACUGCGGCCACACGACGAGAAACAAAAGCGAACAUAUACGGCACGCAAAUCACACAAAAGGCUUUCGACUAUGUCGUCAGACGAAAGCGACAGCGAGACUGCAGAAAAAGAAAACCAUGAAAGUGAUAAAGAAGACGAAGACGUGCAGGAAGAAAGUACAGAAGAAACCGAAAGUCAGAGUUUAUUCUCUGAUUCUGAAGAGGAACCAUAA